GGGGGGGGGGGAACACGGGCAUCCUCUCAGCGACCUUCUUCUCUGGGCACGGGAAUGGGGCGUCCGGGCCGCGGGGCAGAGGCAGUCCCCUCCUGAUUGCUCCCAGGCAGGGCGAGUGCCUGGAGCCGUGGUGGGGUUUGUGUUGUGUGACACCGGCCGCCCCCUGGACCCGUGGUGGUGCCGCAUCAUGUGCGAGGUGGAACCCGCGCGGUUGAAGGAUGCCCCUGGGAGAUCUUGACAGGCACCGAAGGCCUCAAACUUUUGUAGGCGUGAAAAGCGAGGACGUGAGAAUUCCCGUGUCCGAAAACUCCUUCAAAGAAACUUGGUUCCAGCUCCCAAACGGCUGAACUCCCCCCUCCCUCCCCAGCGCCCCAUCUGCACCCAGGGGCACAACCGCUUCCCCCCCCCCCCCGCCCCGCUCGGAGCCGGCCGCUAUGAGCUUCUAGGGAUGGAAAGUCACGAAAGGGACUCGCUCGUUGCCUGGUUUUAAGCGGUGGCCUAAAGUCCCAGAGGAUGACCUAGCACUUAAGAACCAAACUGGGCCACGGGGAAAGGCCGAGUUGACUCGAAAGCACCGUAGCAGCGGGACCAGGUCGGAAGCAAAGCAAGUCCCAAGCUGAGCGGCUCUGGGCAGAGAUAUAUGUUCUUUUUCAAAGACGUUGUGUUGCUGGAGCCAGGCCUGGAUCUUUUCGCAUCCAAGUGAGCUGGAAGCAGCUCGUAGCUUUGUUUUGGGUUUGUUUUCUUUUUUUUAUUCAUGUUUGUACAAUCUUCGGGAGAUUUCUUUUCAAGAAGGAGUCAAAGGGAGUGUUGGAAACUCACAGACAGGAUUAAACCCCUGAGAGCCUAAGGAGAACAGGUUAAGGAACUUAAUCCAGGAUGGAUAUGCAGGAGCCACAGCAGCUGGGCAUGUUUGCAGAGGGCGAGCUGAUGUCUGUGGGGAUGGACACUUUCAUCCAUCGCAUCGACUCGACCGAGGUCAUCUACCAGCCCCGGCGGAAGAGAGCCAAGCUCAUCGGCAAGUACCUGAUGGGAGACUUGCUUGGAGAAGGGUCUUAUGGCAAAGUCAAGGAGAUGUUGGACUCCGAAACCCUCUGUAGGAGAGCUGUGAAGAUCCUGAAGAAGAAGAAGCUACGGAGAAUUCCCAAUGGGGAGGCAAAUGUGAAAAAGGAAAUUCAGCUCCUGCGACGAUUGCGGCACAAAAAUGUGAUCCAGUUGGUCGAUGUAUUGUACAAUGAAGAGAAGCAGAAAAUGUAUAUGGUGAUGGAGUACUGUGUGUGUGGGAUGCAGGAAAUGCUGGACAGUGUCCCGGAAAAGAGGUUUCCAGUUUUUCAGGCUCACGGGUACUUUUGUCAGCUUAUAGACGGCUUGGAAUACUUGCACAGCCAAGGGAUUGUCCACAAGGAUAUCAAACCGGGGAACCUCCUGCUAACAACCAAUGGGACACUAAAAAUAUCGGAUUUAGGCGUAGCAGAGGCAUUGCAUCCGUUUGCAGAGGAUGACACGUGCAGAACGAGCCAAGGGUCGCCGGCAUUCCAGCCACCAGAAAUUGCCAAUGGCCUUGACACCUUUUCAGGCUUUAAAGUAGACAUCUGGUCCGCAGGGGUCACACUAUACAACAUCACAACGGGUCUGUACCCCUUUGAAGGGGAUAAUAUCUAUAAGUUAUUUGAAAACAUCGGGAAAGGUGACUACACAAUUCCAGAGGAUUGUGGUCCUCCACUCUCGGACUUAUUGAGAGGGAUGCUUGAAUACGACCCAGCCAAGAGAUUUUCAAUACAGCAGAUAAGGCAGCACAAUUGGUUUCGGAAGAAACACGCUCAGGCAGAGGCUCUGGUGCCCAUUCCUCCCAGCCCAGAAACAAAGGACCGGUGGAGAAGUAUGACGGCGGUGCCUUAUCUGGAAGAUCUGCAUGGCUACAAUGAGGAAGAAGAUGAUGACUUGUAUGACAUUGAAGAUGAUAUCAUCUACACUCAGGACUUCACAGUACCAGAGGAGGAGGAGGAGGAGGAGGAAGCAGAGGCAGGGCUUAGCGGACAGAGCAGAGCACUGAGCAGCCCUGGAGAGCUGUUUGCAGAAGAAGCCGUGCUCCCACCAGCCGUGAGUGCAGAAGAGGAGAGUGAAGCUUAGCCUAGGCCCCAGAGCCACUGGCCCCUUGGGCUUCCCUUGGCCUGAGCUAAUGGCAGUGGCUGGAGAGUACAGGAUCAUCUCCCUGCUUCCCCCAGGAGCCUCCCUGUCUCCAGGACAGUUGCAUUGUUUCCAAAGCAGAUAACUUUGUUCCGCAAGGGAAUCGUUCCUUAGCUUUUGGGUUUGUAUUUUUAAGCAGAGGGGCUCAAUGCACUGUAAUGAGAUGGUUUGUGAGCCCUUGCAGAGUGGGUUACUGGUGAAAUCCAGCCUGUUCCUGCAGACCUGCUCCACGAAUGAGUUUGGACAGAUGUGUUCCUCCCUGUUCUCACUUCUGGUUGCAAUGUUCUGUCUCCUUUUAGCUUCCCCAGUGGGGAUGAGCCUGCGUUGCUGCCUGCUUUAUGGGAUGUAAAAAGCAGAAGCUUGGGCAGACUCCCCACAGCAGUGGUGUGUUCAGCAGCCCAGGAUGGAGCUGCCUGUUCCAGCUGCUGCUGAGGGUCUGGAGCUCUUGGUGCUGGGGUUGGGUGCUGCACAUGCUGGUGCUCCCCCAGCAGCCCUGUCUGCCAGUGAGCUGGAUGUACCCACACAGGCAGGUGACUCUGAUAGUGGGAGAUCAUCUCCAGAGCAGCACUACCAGCUAUUGCAUACUCUUAAUGCAAACAGCAGGAUUUAAACCCAAAUAAGAACUGUCAUUUCAGAAAUGACAGGCAAAUUACUGGGAGAUGUUUUAAGUUCUCGUGUGUAAUUUGUGCUGUUUCAGAGGGAUUAAAGACCUAAAGAUGAA